GUCAAAAGUCAAAGCUGUCAUGAUCGUGGUUAGAACAGUUGUGUUGAGGUGACUGAUUAACAGUGUUUGGUUGUAUUUUUUCUACAUUCCAACUCUGACAAACAAUAAUCAUCUACAGUGGACAGCAGAUAGCCAUAUGACAAUGUGAUUAAAGUGGUCCUCACACUGGAGACACCUCUUACAUAUCAUUUUGUAUGAACAUCAGAUGUACAUGAUACAGAAGUUCUAAGUGUCUGCUUUGGAAUGAUGUCUACAAUAUGUUCCGAAGAAGCUUGUCAGCUGUCUGUGACAGAGAUAGAAAGCCACUUAAGGACAGAUUCCAACGUUGGUCUGGAAGGGGAUGAGGCCAAUCGUCGCAAAGCAGUGCAUGGCCAUAAUGAGUUUGAAAUCACAAAAGAAGAACCACUGUGGAAAAAAUAUCUUGGCCAGUUUAAUGAUCCAUUGAUUCUGCUGCUCUUAGCCUCAGCAUUCAUCAGCAUUUUCAUGAAGCAGUUUGAUGAUGCUAUCAGCAUCACUGUGGCAAUCAUUAUCGUGGUGACAGUUGCGUUUGUACAGGAGUACAGAUCAGAAAAAUCACUGGAAGCUCUGACCAAACUUGUCCCACCAAAAUGUCACUGCCUGAGGGAAGGGAAGCUGGAGACGUUCUUAGCACGGGAUCUUGUCCCGGGGGAUGUAGUUUUCCUCGCGAUGGGGGACAGAGUUCCUGCAGACAUAAGACUGUUCGAGUCAAAUCAAUUAGCUAUAGAUGAAUCCAGUUUUACUGGGGAAAUUAUACCAAGAUCAAAGGCGACUAGUGCAAUACCGAAGCAACAGCAUGUAGAUAUCAACGACAGAAAGAAUAUAGCUUACAUGGGGACGCAGGUCAGGUGUGGACGAGGAAAGGGGUUUGUAAUAGGGAUUGGUGAAAAUUCAGAAUUUGGAGAAAUAUUCAAGAUGAUGCAGGAGGAGGAGUCGCCCAAGACACCUCUUCAGAAGAGCAUGGACACCCUGGGGAAGCAGUUGUCCUUUUACUCCUUUUGUAUCAUAGGGGGCAUCAUGUUCCUGGGCUGGAUCCAGGGGCGGGGACUACUCGACAUGUUUACCAUCGGUGUCAGUUUGGCAGUGGCUGCUAUCCCUGAAGGCCUACCUAUUGUAGUGACAGUAACAUUAGCUCUGGGAGUGAUGAGGAUGGCCAACAGGAAGGCUAUCGUAAAGAAACUGCCAAUAGUGGAAACUUUAGGAUGUACAAGUGUUGUUUGUUCUGACAAGACUGGAACUUUAACAAAGAAUGAAAUGACUGUCACCCAGAUAUGCUCAUCAGAUGGACUAAUAGCAGAGGUGACAGGUGUAGGUUACAAUGCCUCUGGAGAGGUGACAUGUCAGAGACAGGAAGUGAGGGAUAACUCUCAUCCAUCCCUGGUCAAGGUCAUUGAGGUCGGCUGCAUAUGUAAUGAUGCUGAUAUAUGUGCUGAUGGACUCCAUGGUCAGCCAACAGAGGGUGCUCUCAUAGCAUGUGCAUGGAAGAUGAACAUCCAUAAUAUACGUGAUCUGUACACACGUCUGGAGGAGAGGCCUUUCGACUCAGAAACCAAGUGUAUGAUAGUCAAGUGUACUCCCCAGUAUGGUAAUGAAGUUCAUUCUUUCGAUGUUCACAGCAAGGAGAUAAUCUACUUUGUGAAGGGGGCCGUGGAGAAAGUGCUAAGUAACUGUGUGAGAUACAACAAAGACGGCUCCUGUCUUACCAUUUCUGAUAAACAGAAGACGGAGUAUCUGGAGCAGGCAAUGAGGAUGGGCAGUGCAGGCCUGCGUGUACUGGCGAUGGCGUAUGGCCCUGACCCACAAAGCCUGGUGUUUGUCGGUAUGGUGGGAAUCAUCGACCCGCCUCGCCCUGGGGUGCGGGAAUCUAUCUCCACCCUAAUCAGUGGGGGUGUGGCCAUCAAGAUGGUGACUGGAGACGCUGAGGAGACUGCCAAGGCCAUAGGUGCACGACUCGGGUUGUAUGCUACAGGGAACAGAACUUUAUCUGGUGAACAGGUAGACAACAUGGACAUAGAAUCACUCAAAGAUAUCAUCAACAAUACUACAGUGUUUUAUAGAACUACACCGAGGCACAAAGUCAAGAUUGUGAAGACCCUGCAGUCUAUCGGCCAUGUUGUGGGUAUGACCGGUGAUGGUGUUAAUGAUGCUGUAGCUCUUAAGACGGCAGACAUUGGGAUCUCCAUGGGACAGUCUGGUACUGAUGUGUCCAAGGAAGCAGCAGAUAUGAUACUGGUGGACGAUGACUUCUCAGUUACACUGUCUGCCAUUGAAGAAGGAAAAGCCAUAUUCUACAAUAUCAGAAAUUUUGUCCGAUUUCAACUCAGCACGAGCAUAGCUGCUCUGUCCUUGAUAGCGCUGUCUACAUUGAUGCAGCUUCCCAACCCACUGAAUGCCAUGCAGAUUCUAUGGAUCAACAUCAUCAUGGAUGGCCCUCCAGCACAGAGUCUGGGUGUCGAGUCAGUGGACCAUGACGUGAUACGACAGCCUCCUCGUAAGGUCAAGGACCCCAUAAUCACCAAAAGUCUCAUAUGUAGUGUUCUCAUGUCAGCAGCCAUCAUUGUUCUGGGCACCCUGUGGGUAUUCUGGAGAGAAAUGAGCGACAACAAGAUCACACCAAGGGAUACAACAAUGACCUUCACUUGUUUUGUGUUCUUUGACAUGUUCAAUGCUCUCAGCUGCCGAUCUCAGGAGAAAUCAAUAUUUCAAAUAGGAUUUUUCUCCAACAAAGUGUUUCUGACAGCAGUGGUUGGAUCUAUCAUUGGCCAGCUCCUUGUAAUCUACUUCCCUCCCUUACAGUCUAUAUUCCAGACGGAGGCCCUGCACUUUCAAGACUUUAUUUUUCUUAUCUUCCUAACCUCCAGUGUAUUUAUAGCAAAUGAGGUUAAGAAGGCAGUUUACCGAGUGACAGAACGAAGAAGGAAGCUACAGGUAUCCAGUAUGUACUACCCAGACCACAUGGUGUGACACCUGUUAGUGUAGCUAUGUAUAUGUUGCAAAACCGGUCUAUACAAUUAUGUAUGAACCAGUAUCUGUGAUACUGGCAUGUUUGUGUAUGCCAUACCUAUAUAAACUACAUCUGGGUAUGUGAUACCUGUGUAUAUCACACCUGGGCAUGUGAUACCUGUGUAAUCACACCUGGGCAUGUGAUACCUGUGUACAUCACACCUGGGCAUGUGAUACAUGUGUACAUCACACCUGGGCAUGUCAUACCUGUGUAUAUUACACCUGGGCAUGUCAUACCUGUGUACAUCACACCUGGGCAUGUCAUACCUGUGUACAUCACACCUGGGCAUGUCAUACCUGUGUAUAUCACACCUGGGCAUGUGAUACAUGUGUACAUCACACCUGGGCAUGUGAUACAUGUGUAAUCACACCUGGGCAUGUGAUACCUGUGUAUAUCACACCUGGGCAUGUCAUACCUGUGUAUAUCACACCUGGGCAUGUCAUACCUGUGUACAUCACACCUGGGCAUGUCAUACCUGUGUAUAUUACACCUGGGCAUGUCAUUCCUGUGUAUAUCACACCUGUGUACAUCAUACUAUGAUGUGUUAUACAUAUGUACUACACACCUUGAAAGUGUGAUAGUUGUGAACACUGAACCUGUAAAGACAAAUGUGAUAUAAAUCUCUCAAUUAUUCUGAAUUCGUCAUGAUUUUUGUAUAAUGUAAUUGUAACUCUUUUGUGUGAUGCUUGUUCACUUGACUGAAGACACGUCAUUGACUUAAGGCACCGGCUAAUGUGACAGAUGGAGAGUUUAUGUGACAUCUGUCAAUAUAACAAGAUACAGGACUGAGGAUGCCUGUAGAAUCAACCUCUGUGGCAGUUGUUUAUAUGACUUGUGACAGUUGUGUAUAUGACCUGUGACACUUCUUUAUGACCUGUGACAGUUCUUUAUGACAUGCGAGUUGUUUAUAUGACCUCUAACAGUUGUUUAUAUGACUUGUGACAGUUGUUUAUAUGACUUGUGACAGUUGUUUGACCUGUGACAGUUGUUUAUAUGACAUGUGACAGUUAUUUAUGACAUGUGAUAGUUGUUUAUGACAUGUGACAGUUGUUUAUGACACGUGACAGUUGUUUAUAUGACAUGAGUUGUUUAUAUGACCUCUAACAGUUGUUUAUAUAUGUGAGUUGUUUAUAUGACCUGUGACAGUUGUUUAUGACAUGUGACAGUUGUUUAUGACAUGUGACAGUUGUUUAUAUGACCUGUGAAAGUUGUUUAUAUGACAUGUGACAGUUGUUUAUGACAUAUGACAGUUGUUUAUAUGACCUGUGACAGUUGUUUAUAUGACAUGUGACAGUUGUUUAUAUGACCCGUGACUGUUUAUAUGACCCGUGACAGUUGUUUAUAUGACCUGUGACAGUUGUUUAUAUGACAUGUGACAGUUGUUUAUAUGACAUGUGACAGUUGUUUAUGACAUGUGACAGUUGUUUAUAUGACCCGUGACAAUUGUUUAUAUGACAUGUGACAGUUGUGUAUAUGACCCGUGACUGUUUAUAUGACCUGUGACAGUUGUUUAUAUGACCUCUAGUUCUUGUUUUUGUGACAAAAAAAUGUACAUGUUUACUGUUAGUGUGACCGACAACAAUUGUGAAACAACUUUAUAAGAAUUAGGACACUAAUAGCCACUAGUCAAUGUGUCAAUGUCUAAAAGCACAUGUCACUGUGACAGCUGGGACAUGCAAGGAAGAUGCGUGGUAUUUCAGUUAAAUGUGUGUGUGUUUGAUACAGAUUGGGACUGUAAGAUGGUAUGUGUAGUUCCUUUUUUCAAUGUUUUGAAAUUUAAACCAAAUAUGAGAUCAAUGUCAGUUAACUUUUAAGCAAUAUCCAGAUACAAUGACAACUUAGUCAUUGAAUGAAACUCAAAGCUUUAUCACCCAGAUGUCUCAAGUUUGUUUUCAUGAUGUUAAGAUAUAGUGUGCUAUUAUAUUUCGACUUGCUGCUGUACCUGAUAAGGUCAACAACUGUGUUACAUCAGAUGUAAAUAUCUAGUGUAUUUAUCUACAGAAUCAUUCCUCCUGGCCUUGUGUAUGCGGGUAGUUUUAGCUUGUUUGUUAUCAGAGUUUGUAAAGCGUGCUUUUACUUGUUAAUGUCUUUGUCUUGUGGAUUGUGUGUUUACAAUACUACAAUACAAUCGGUGAAAACAUUGUGAUAACCCCAUGAAAAAUGCAUGUACCAUAAAUUUGGUUAAAUAUAUUCUUUUACAUUUUUA